CAAAGGACAACUGAUUCCUGAUUUGGGAGGUACUAAAGGAGCUUUGGCAAGUGUAUCUUGUCAAAUGAUAGAGAGCUGCCACUGAAGCAUCAGCUUUGGGAAAAUCAGGAGACAAUGAAUGAUCAGGCUCAUGCUUUAAUUUCUACAGUAAGUGAUACACAUGGUAUCCCAGCAAGGUUUGCAGAACUCAUCAAGAAACAUUUCAAAAUCAUCUGCUGUGAAGAAUUCCUGAAAAAUGAAAAAGAACUUGCUGAUAAAAUCCAAGUUAUUUUUGAAUGGGAAUAUUGUCCCACAAUAAAUGAAAAGCUUCUGAAAUCUCUACCAUGUUUGAAGGCCAUUGUAAAUCAUGGAGUUGGUGUGGACCAUCUUGACUUAUCCCUGAUCCACAGUUUCGGUGUGAAGGUGGCCAACACUCCUCAUGUGGUGGACAAUGCUACUGCUGAAAUGGGCAUGACCCUAAUGUUGGCAUCUGCCAGGAAUAUAUUGGAAGGUCAGCAGAUUUCAACUUCUCCAGACACUAAAAUUUAUCCUUUGAAUUGGUACGGAGCCGAGGUGACUGGAGCUACUCUUGGGAUCAUUGGAAUGGGACGGAUUGGAUACAAAGUUGCUCAAAGAGCCAAAGGAUUUGAUAUGAAAAUUCUGUAUCACAACAGGAACAGGAGGACUGAGGAAGAAGAGAUGCUGGUUGGGGCUUGCUACUGUGCAAAAAUCGAUGAUCUCCUCCAGGAGUCAGAUUUUGUCAUGAUAGUAGUAAACCUGACUCCUCAAACUACCAAAAUGAUUGGAGAAAGAGAACUUAGACUAAUGAAACCCAAUGCCACUCUCAUUAAUAUCUCCCGCGGUGGAGUGAUUGAUCAGAAUGCUUUGGUGAAAGUGCUUCAGAAUGGAGUUAUUCGUGCAGCAGCACUAGAUGUCUCUGAACCAGAGCCCCUUCCGAGGAAUCAUCCUUUACUACACUUGCCAAAUGUCAUUCUGACUCCCCACCUUGGAACUGCCACUGAAAAGACGAAUCGUGAAAUGAUGGAGAGAAUGAUUGAAAAUGCUUGGGCUGCUGUUCGUGGUCUUCCAAUGCCUCAUGAAGUGCUACUGUCAUAAUGGGUUUCAGCAGAAGAGAUUUAGUGAUUCUUUGAUUCUAGUACAUUGCAGUAAUGAUCACCUCAGCCUCAGUUUAUUCAAAACAAGAGUUUUAACAGCUAUAGUGAAGAAAUAAGGUUUCUAUACCCUAUGGUCACUCCAAAUAAUACUGGGAUAUUCCUUUUCCCUCCUUUCCUAUUAAUUCAUAGAAUUCAAGCCAACUCUCACAGAGAAGCACAAGAGUCUUCAUGCAGACACGACAAGAAUUGACUUAACAAGUAAAACGUUGUGAUCCUACUUCUGCCCACCGAAGCUUUAUUCAUCAGACCCAGCACAGGGACAAUACUGAGACAUACCUCUGUUCAUUGAAAUAUCAGCACAGCCUGGUGAUGAGUAGACAGCCCCUUGACCUACACUCCAUUUUCACCUUCCCUCCCACCCCCCCCAGACAUCCCUCAUCUCCUCACACCCCUGAGCCCGGUCGUCCAGUAUCCAUGAUAAACUCUCGACCUCCAUAAUAACACUGAGAAAUCCUUGGGAAAGUGAUAAAUCAGAUAAAAUUUAAAAAAACUUGAAUGUCUCUUGAAAACCAUGAUCUCUGAACAAUUCAAAAUUUGUAAAUGUAAGAAAGCUCAUAUUCUGUUUGACCAUUGUGAGAACUACCCCUGCUCAGCAGAAUCAAAUUGUUGAUUUGAAAGUCAGCCAACUGUUCAUAGCGAGAUUCCAUUGAAGAACUGGGUCAACAAACUUUCCUAGACUGAAUUCUGUAAAGUCUUUGAAGACAAUCAGAGGCCCAGACAUUUGUCAAAGCUUUAAAACUAAGCAAAUGGAUCAACUGAACUUCAAGGAAACCAUCAAAAGCUCUGGACACAUUUCUCACUGUCAGGUCAAAGAUUUCACAGUGGUACAUAUGAAGGUAAGAAGUAGGAGCAAGAGUAUGCCUCUCAAACCUGCUCCACCAUCCAUUACAUUGUGGUAGAUGUCAUCGUGGCCCCAACUUCACAUUCCUACCUACCCGGAUAACAUUUGACUGCCUUGGUGGUCAAGGGAGUACAACAGUUCUAUAACCCAGAUUAGCACGUUAUCCAAGGAUGAUGCACUCCAAUACUUCUGAAGACUUUUUCCAUUUUCACUAUAAUGUUAAUUCCUUCAUCAGCUUGCCAGAUGUCAGAGGUUGACAACCUGGCAACCACAGAAUUUAAUGAUCACUCUCCUUUCUGACACAAACUGCAUUACCACUCACAGCAUUGAUUAUGCCCAUUUCUAAUACAAUGUAAUAGAUAUGAAUUAGACAACAUCUUUUGUUGGACGUUUUGUACAAUUCCCACCUCCAAACUGUGGUUCCGUACAAUUUGCAAUACCUGACUUACACUGCUCUCCAAAACUGGCCCAAUUCCAUCAAAGUUUUGGAAGGUUUGAAAGAACCACUUCUGCAAUUGUGCUUACAAAUUCAGGGCAAUAGAGAGAGAGCUCCAUACCUAUGCCCUUAACCCGCACCACUGAAAAUUCAUACUGUUGGGAAUCCCAGAUUCAAGUCCUACACACCUCAAUGCACUUCAGCCACACAUAAGGGCUGGAAAAUCCAGCGUACUGUGCUGCGUGAUCUAGGGUGAGAUAGUCGUCAGAACUGGCUGAUGGUAUCCUAUUUCAAAUUAUUUGGCACUGAUUAAGUUCAUAAACAUGAAAAGAAAGUUCCCACACUCCAGAGAUUCACAAUGGCCAAUAGCCAGUACUUUACAGUGUAAGAAAAUUGAUUUUAACUGCUUCAGCAAGAUUUUGUCCCAUUACCCAAUUUUAUCCCAGAGAUCAUACUUGCAGAUCAGCACAUCAACUGUAAAUUAUAGUCUUUUAGUUGAUAACGUCCUGAGAAAGUUAAUUAAAUUUGGUACAAAAUAUGUUUUACUGAAUAGAUUAAAUUAUACAGAUUAUGAAUGAACUGUAAAGGCUGCAGUAUGAUAUUUAAUUUUUGAUAACAUUGUAAUUGGAUUAGAAUAUAAUUGUAUAUUUUCAUUAAUGUUACGGUGUGCAAAAGUAAACUGUGAUUAAAAUGCCUCAUGUAAAAAUCAGAACA